UCUGUUCUUCAUUCCUUUUCCUUUUUCCGUUCUUUAUCUUCUCUUCCAGGUAAAAGUCCAUCACAUAUCUUCUCUUCUCAGCAUAUUCUGUUUCGUUUCCUCUCUUUCUCUCAUUCUCAGGCAAAUCUACCAUGAAUUCUUCGUUGGGUCUUGGCUUAAGAGAAGAUGUCAUUGACACCAAACUCGAGGUGGCUGUGGACGCUGAGGAAGGGAGGCGGAGGAGGGAGGAUAACAUGGUGGAGAUUAGGAAGAAUCAUCGUGAAGAGAGUUUGCAGAAGAAGCGACGUGAAGGGCUUCAAGCACAGCCAAUGCUUGCUUCUCUUCACUCCUCUGCCGUUGAGAAAAAGGAAGUACAGAGAUGCCUAAUGCAAUGGAAACAAUAUUUCAAGCCACCCUUGCCUUGGGAAGACAUGGAGGAGUUGAUGAGCUCAUGGGUGAUAUGGAAAGUGCAGCUUUAUUGUAUUCAAAGGCUGAGCAUUUAUUAGUCUUCCUUCUAGUGGAAGCACCAUCUCUCAUUCUGAAUCCUCCAUUUUCCCUUACAAACUUAGAUCGGUAUAGACUCUGAACUUACAUUGAUUUUCUUUGAAACAGGCAAGGUUACUCGAGAUCACAAAUGAUGGCUCUUCUCAAGUGCAAGGAUCAGCCAUAGAGAGUAACCAUAUUUAUUACUCUAUUUUUAACUCUUGUUGCUGAUGAUUUCCAUUUUCCUUGUGUAAAAAAAUAUUUAUUUGUAUAGUUAAUUCUUUUGAGUAACAAGGAAUUAGGGUGUUAACAUGGGUCAACUCAAUUGUAUCCUGUUUGAAUGUUGUAAUAUUCUCCCAUUUCUGCCGUUAGUGAAUGAUAAUUUGGUUCAAGUUUUCAUUCAUUC